AUGUCAGAUCUUUUCUGUGUCAAAUUAGAAGGAACAGUUCUGCUCAAGCUAAUCCAGCACUGUCAAGAUACUGACUCCACCGCAAUAGGCCAGCUCAUUGGUCUUGAAUCUUCGAAUUCUCUUGAAGUCACAAAUUGUUUUUCUCUCCCAUCCAAUUCUUCUAUUGGCCCACAAGAACUCGAAGAAUACAGUAAAAAAAUGUGUGAGCAGCUUAAAGACUUAUUCUUCGAAAACUCAGUUAUAGGAUGGUACCAAAGAUCAGACGAAGGUGCAUUUUUAGAUAUCCCAAGAUAAAUUUCAUAUAAAUAAAUCUUAUCUAUUAGAAAAUUUAUUUAUUUUAGUUAUUAUAGUAUAUAAGCUCGAUUGAAUAUCAAUACAAUAUGCAGAUUGAAAUCCCUAACGCCGUCAUGGUGGUUUACGACCCAGUUAUAUUUGUUUCUGGCGGAUUUCCACUCAAGGCAUACCGUCUCACCCAGGAAUUCCUUGAUUUUUUCAGUGAAGAAGAGUUCACAACUCAGCGAGCCGCAGCCUUAAAAGUGGACUCCACAAAGGUUUUUUCUGAAAUUCCUUUGCGGAUUGAAAACAGUAUGUUGACAAACGCAUUUUUAGCUCAAUACGCCCCAGAUCCUUAUGAAGUCGCAGACAAGGACUGCUAUGAGCCUUUUAUUAAAAAGCAUUUAGAAGCUUUAUACCAAGGAUUAGACGAAUUAGUAGAAAGACAGCAAAAACAGUAUGGGUAUGCUAAAGCUGUGCAGAGACAAAAACAGCAGCAAAAAGCACAUGAGGCGCAAAGAGCUGCAGAAAACAAAAAAAGAGAAGAAAGAGGAGAACCACUGUUGGAGUUGACUGAAGGCACAGGGUCACUGUAUAGGAUGAUUCCACCACCAAGCAGGCUUGAAAGCUUGUUAGUUUCACAACAGCUGAACAGCCUGAGUGAAGAAUUACAAGAAUUCUGCGGCGAAUCACAAGCAAAAGUAGAUCUUUUAAUGUCUUUGAGCCAGAAAUAA